AUGCUUUUGUGCUUCCACCCCCCCCCACUCCCUUGUAGCCUCACCGUGCUCCCGGGACAGCUGAAAAAGGAGGAGAAAUUAUGGCCGGAGAAUUUCACGCGCAUCCUGGACCGUCUCCUGGAUGGUUAUGACAACAGGCUGCGUCCUGGAUUUGGGGGUAUGGUUACUGUGUACGGUCCCUGCUGUCUGUGCUGAGUCUGCCUGUGUGUCUUGUCUGUGGGGGAAAUUCGCCUAGGUAUGCUUCUGUGCCUUUCCAAACCAAAACAAAAACAAAGUAAUGAUGAUGGUUGAUUUUCUCUUGUUGUGUGCCUUCCACAAACCAUGUUGAACCCAUUUCCCUCCUCCAGCUCUGCUAUAUCUGAUCACUUGGAUGGGGAAGGGGGGGGGAGAAAAGGGAGGGAGAGCCUUCUGAUUCUUUACAUCCCCCCUCCUACAAAAAAAAGAGAACCACAUUCCAGAUUGUGGCACCCAAAGCUGCUCCUUAGAAACGCCACAGCCACCCACUGGUUCUAGCACAGCUGCUCAGACCAGUUUCCUGGGUCCUGUUUUGGAUUUCGGUGGCAGCUUGUCAAUCAAAAUUCCGCUACAUGCUUAACAUGAGCAGGGAGGAAGUUUGGUCUCCUCCUCCGAGUUCACAUCCUUGGCGAUCCAGCAGUGGCAAGGCGGCUCCGGGGAACCUUCCUCCCUGCCAGUUUCGGCUACCUCCUCUCCCCUGCCCCUCUCUGAUUCCGCCACAUUAAGCAGGGAAAACAGGGAUUUAGCAGCUGGGCCCCCAUUCCUCCCCACCCCCCCGCCCAACCUCAUCUGCAGAUUGUGUACAUGGUGGUAGGAGAGAAGUUGAGAGUUGGUUGCCUGGAUCCUGCCACUUUGGGGGCAGCAAUCGCUUGGCAUUCUGUCAAAGGAGAGCAAAUGCAGCUGCUGCUUCUGAUUAAAAACACACCCGCACACUCCGGCAGUGAGGCUAUGGGAGGGUUUUUUGGUUUUUUAAAAGAAAUCUUGCACCUGCAUCUGAUGAUCUUGGCAACAACGUUCACAUCGAAAGCCCCAUCCUUUGCAGGCGGUAGCAGCAGAAAGUGGAACGCCCCCUUCUUUAGCUCGCAUUUAUGCCCCCUCAAAUUUUUUAGCUCUCGACCAAUACAUGGGGACCUCCAGAUUUUGUAGCAGCCGCUCAUCCUGGCUUUGCUUAAUUGCUGCCCUCGCCGCUGCAUUAAUUAUACUUGUUCAUUUUUCUGAUUUAGGAGGUUGGGUGGCUGAACUUUGAGUCAAGCCAUGGCCAGAUUUGUGGGUUGGAUUUGUGACAUAGGAGGUGCAAAAAGUCCCACAGGAUCAAGCAACACCCCGCCUCCCCUGUGCUUCCAUGACAAAGUGUUGAGGGCUGGCUGCAGCUCUUCCUUGUUUCUGGAAACGGGCAUGUGUCAAAAUGUAGGAUGAGGCGAUGGAGUUAUUUCGGAGGCUACUAUGCAACCAGCACUGAGCAAAGACUUUGCUGAGGCUUGUUCUGUGAAAACAUUGUGCUUCUUUCUUUAAGUGCUUAGUUUAGACAUGUGAUACACCUACGCUGGCAUCUAUGCCGGUAAUUUCCAGAUAUGCUGUUACCCAGUGCAGUCAUAAUGGGAAGCAACUUGGCACUAUCAGUUCCUGCUUAUUUUAGACAUCUUUUCAGUAGAGUUGGGCUGCUCUGAGGUCUGUUGAAGAACACGAAGCAUAGAUGAAGUUAACCUUAUGAAAACAUGACACUCAACCAGCGACACGAUGGUUUUCUUGUCUCUUUUAUACAUUUCUCUCCAGCGUGCAUGCACAGAUAUUGUCUGAUCAGAAAUCACAUAGAUGUUUUGCAUGUGUUUUUGUGAGAUGAUAGCUUUUACUUGAUCCACUUUGGUUGGCAUAAGGUUCUGGAAACUUUUGAGUUACAGUAGAAAACUUUACCAAGAAGAUUAAAGGCAGCCAAUUUUUUCUAGCUCAGCUCCAAAGAACCGUGGCCCAAGUUAGACAUAAAGAGAGCUUUUGGAUUUGUGGUUCUUGAACAGCAGCUCUCCAUGUCACAUGGCAAAGUCCUUUUGAGGGAGAUUAUGAAAGUGGUUUGUGAUACUGGAUGCAGGACUAGUCUGAGAUAUUUUGCUGCCUGAAUCCAAGGACAAUAAGAUGACCAGACUGGUAGCUGGAUCUUAUUUCCGACACUGGCGAUGGGGCAUUAUGCUUCCAUAGAGAGCAACAGACUAGCUUAGGGAAUGCAGGCCAGGUCAGGCAGCAAACACAUCUCUGCCCCCCAGCAACUUGCUGCCACUCCCUGGCUCUCAUGAUUGGAUACCCGAGGAAGCUGCCCCACACUGUCCAAUGGUAGGGCCAGUCCUGAUGGCAUAGGAGACUACAAUUCAAAGGGAUGGGGAGGAAUCAAAAAGUAUACUGGACCCAACUGCUUAGGCACAGUAUGAACUUAUGCAUGUUGUUCAAAACUAAGUCUCACUAUAAUCAGUGGGGGUUGCUGUCAAGUAAGUGAGUUUAAGACCGCAACCCUAAAACAGUUCUUUUGCCUAUAUGUGGAACAAAAUCAAACAACUACAUGUAAUGUUUAGAAUAUUUUCUCUCAUCCCAACUAUUUAAUCGCUUCAAACAUGCAUGUUUGCUUAUUGAAUAGCACACAUGGGGCUUAAAGAGCUUAAGGUCUUUGAGUUAUAUGAUGUUCUACUGACCCAAGAACUCAAAGGAAUUGCUUCCUGCUAGUCUGUCCCCCGGCCACGUAUCUUAAAAAUGUUUAGAAGGCUAAAAAGGUGUACACACACAGUUAAGUCCAGUCGCACCAGAAGCGGUUUAGUCAUGCUGGCCACAUGACCCGGAAAGCUGUCUGAGGACAAACGCCAGCUCCCUUGGCCUGAAAGCAGAGAUGAACGCUGCACCCCAAAGUCAAAUUCAACUAGACUUAACCAUCCAGAGGUCCUUUACACACACACACACACACACACACACACAUACUCAAAAUGAUAACUUUUUUGUCUCUAAAGUGAAGCAAACAUUUGCAUUAAUAAGCAACUAGAGUCCCUACAUGACUGAGAAUCAGCUCCAGAAGUGUUGAAUGAACAGAUGUAUCAGCUUCUGGCUCCACAAUGAUGUGUCCCACAAACCAUAGCUGGCCUGCUAAAAUGCAUGAUCUCAUCUAUUUUACAUCUUGUGCAGAUUUCAUAGUCACCUGAGAAAGAGGCUGUUAAUCUUUCUGGAAUAAAUGCCAAUUUUAGGGUCCCAUAAAUGAUUAUAUGUCACAUUAUCUAUCUGAGGCACAUAAAGUCAUAUAAUUGAGAGGUACCCUCAGGGGCCAUUUGAUGGUUGGAGAGUCAGUGGUUCAGAUAAAUAGGAGUAUUGCUACACAGGAUUCACACUGAGAUGACUCUAGAUUGGGGUGGGAUUCCUGUGACUAAAAGAUUGCACACAUGACGGUCUGCCUAAUUUCAAAGUAGGGCAGCCAUCACCAACAACAUAAAGAAAAAGAGUAAAUGGAUAACAUAAAAAUAGUUAUAAAGGGCAGAGAUUCGCAUAUAAUUUUCAUGGGCUGAUAGAGUCCAUUUUAGAAAUAAUUGCUAUAAUUUAAAUACAUCUCACCAGAGUGGAGAAGACUGUGACCAGGUGACUUGUCUACUUGCUCAUCUUCUCUCCUAAUGAUAACUGCUGAUGGACAAGUUCUGCCUUCACUUAAGUAUAUAUUUAAAUUGGGUCACACUGGGCAGCAGGGGUGCCAUCUUGAAUAAAAUAUUGGAGUGGCAGGUAAGGCCCACCCCACAUAAUCACUCACAGGACGCGAUGCACACACACCAAUUGAAUGGCAAUGCCCAUCAACUUUGGGGGCCACCCUGCCCCCCUCAAAAUUUUUAUUGGGUGGUGGGCAAAGGGACCUUAGCUCCUCGGAGUUGUCUCCUAUGCAGAGGAAGGUGCUUCCAUAUAGAGGAAUGCUCUCUGUAAAGUAUGGCGCAUGGGUGUUCUCUGUCAAAAUCCCCCUGCAAACAAUUUGUUCAAACCUGUGGGAAGAGUGACCUGUUCCUCACCAGUGACCUGCUAGGCAUGGGGUGGAGGAGGGCUGGCAGAAAGAGAGGGGGAAAGGGGUGAUUUGAUCCAUUUUCAGUUCCUAACCCUACCCACUGCUGGCUUUGACCCCACCCACAGCUGGCUUGCAGCCCCUGAAAGAUAAAAAGGUAAAGGUAAAAGACCCCUGACAGUUAAGUCCAGUCGGAGACGACUCUGGGGUUGCGGCGCUCAUCUCGCUUUACAGGCCGAGGGAGCUGGCGUUUGUCUGCAGACAGUUUUCCCGGGUCAUGUGACCAGCAUGACUAAGCCGCUUCUGGCGCAAUGGAACACCGAAACCAGAGCAGCAAAUGAAAACACCGUUUACCUUCCCACCACAGUGGUACCAAUUUAUCUACUUGCACUGGCAUGCUUUCAAACUGCUAUGUAGGUUGGCAGGAGCUGGGACCAAGCAACGGGAGCUCACCCCGUCACAGGGAUUCAAACCGCCAACCUUCUGAUCGGCAAGCCCAAGAGGCACAGUGGUUUAGACCACAGCGCCACCCGCACACCCCCCCGGAAAGAUGGUGACCCUUAAAAGGAGAAAAGGUUGUCCACCCUGGUCCAACAUGGGGCAGAUAGUGGAUAUUUGGGCUGCUUCAACAAUUACAGUUAUAGGUUUACACCUUAAGGAGAAAUGUGUGUAAAUGAUACAAGCAUGUGUUUGGAAACACUUUGUCUAGUACAGGUAUGUCCGCUUGAGAGGCGAAGGUGUAUGUUUGAUGGCAAGCCCGGGUUAUAACACCAUCCCUGUACUCUGUAGGCUUGGUAGGCCCUACUCCAAGGGGCUUACAACCUCAAAAGAGACCCAAGCGGAACAGCAGAGGCAGAGGAAGGAAAUUUAGGUAGGGUAAACAGGAGAAGGAUGUGCAAUUAUUUCAAGUGCAUGUACUUAUUUUAGCUACAUGUGACUGACAAUGCAAUCCUAGGCACGUCUCCUUGAAAGUCAGUCCCACUAAGCCUUAUUGCCGGCCGGGUGUGCACAGGACUGCAGUCUUAGAUGCAGUAGUAGGGUAUUGUGAAUAGGGGUUUGUUCCAAAGGCUUUGCAGAAAAAGAAGAGCUUUGAGGAGGGAUCUGGAGGAAGUGAAGGUAGUUGGCUUCCUAGGUGUAUUCUAGGAGUGGAUCCUAGGCAGCCAGGGAGAAAAGAUGGAGGAGUUUCAGGGAGCAUUUGGACAGCUAAGGGCGGUGAAGCUGGAUAAGUGAAGGUUUGUUGGGAUACAAGCGCAGAGAGAUGAGGACUCUAAAGGUAAGAACAAGACACUUGUGCAAAAUAUCAUUACGAACAGGAAGCCAAAGCAGGAAUUUAAGGAUGGGCUUUAUAUGAUCUUGAGUGAUGAGGAAGGUGGAAAGUUUUGACAGCAGAAUCAUGGAUGGACAUAAUGGACCAAGAUGAAACAGUGGAAGACCACUUCAGGUGUGGAAUGGGGCAGCUGAUUCUUGUUGAAUGAAGAUCCAGCAGCAGAUCUGGGGUUGCUGCCAUGUAAAUGAAUGAAGCAACCUUGUAAACUAGGAAUGUUGGAGAACUACCAUGCAUAAGAUAGGGUUUACUUUGUGUUCACAUUUGGAAUGGAAGGAAAAUUCAAUGAAAGCCCUAGAAAGAAAACCUUUGAAAUCCAAGUUGGGUGUUGGGCCAUUUUUGUUGCUUCUUUGUCCAAACUCAAAAAGGUGAACAGUUUUUAAAGCUCCUAAGAAGCAGAUUGAAUAAAAGACUCUGAUUUGGGGAGAUAGUAUCUAGCCUUGUAUUGUCCAUUUUUGUAGUAAAGGUACCUUUCUGCUGAACUAGAAAGAACUCAUAUUAUGAUUUAAUCGUGAUUGUAUGGCAGUGUGCAAAGGUUUGUUUCUUUGACAUAACUCAGAAUAGCAGCAGCUGAUUAAUCAUUAAAAUAUUCUUUUUCUUCUUUGUUUUUUUCUUUUUUGCUGACAAACUUUUAUGCCAAAAGUGUUUCACUUUUUUCUUUUCUUUUUUUUUGGAAAUCAUGUAAUUCACCAAUGAACACAUAAGUAAACAAAUGUCAGAGAGCAUGGCAAGAUUCAAUGAGAAGAGAACAUUUAAUGUUAAAGUUGUGUUCCAGUUUGACAAGCAAUGGAAUAUUUAAUGUCCCUGCUGAAUCAUGUUCUCCAGCACAUUUAGCUCUAGUUAAAUUCUGUACAGAUUUCACAGGAGCUGGGUUGACAUGUCACAGAUUCUGUGAAAGCACCUGUGUGGCAGUUGUUAUUAUUUUUUAAAAAAACCCAGAAUCAUAGAAUUGUAGAGGGUACCCAAGGGUCAUCUAGUCCAACGCCCUGCAAUGCAGAAAUCUCAGCUAAAGCAUCCAUGACAGAUGGCCAUCCAACCUCAGUUUAGAAGCCUCUGCUUAAACCUUCUUUUUAGUUUCAUUUCAUUUCAUUUAAACCUUUUAUUUAGUGUUAAGGGAGGGGUAGUAUCUCUUGUUGGGGACACAUUGUGCUCCUUCUGGGGGAGUUUGCCCACCUUUGGUCCACACCCUGCACUCAGCUUUCACCUGUGACUCCUAGAAGCUGCCAGCAUGUGACCAUGGCCACACCCAAUAUAAAAAAGAAAACUUAUCUGCAAGGGCUUAAGACCUAUAUGUGUUGUUUUUUUAAAAAAAGAAAAGGUGAAAGCACUUUCUUGAGGGGGCUGGGAGAGACUACCAGUGAGGCAACUUUUCCUCGCCCCAUCUCUCUCUCUCUCUCUCUCUCUCUCUCUCUCUCUCUCUCCAUUGGACUACAACAUUAUACCUCUAUCAUACUUCUGCCUGUGUCCAUUUAGCUUAGUUUCAAUCUCAACCCUAAAGGUAAAGGGACCCCUGACUGUUAGGUCAGUCGCGGACGACUCUGGGGUUGCGAUGCUCAUCUUGCUUUAUUGGCCAAGGGAGCCGGUGUACAGCUUCCGGGUCAUGUGGCCAGCAUGACUAAGCCACUUCUGGCGAACCAGAGCAGCGCACGGAAACACCAUUUACCUUCCCGCCCGAGCGAUACCUAUUUAUCUACUUGCACUUUGACGUGCUUUCGAACUUCUAGGUUGGCAGGAGCAGGGAUUGAGCAACAGGCGCUCACCCCAUUGAAGGGAUUCGAACUGCCGACCUUCUGAUCGGCAAGUCCUAGGCUCUGUGGUUUAACCCACAGCGCCACCCGUGUCCUAACCCUGAUUAAAAGUGCACUGGCAUGAAAAAUGUAGAGGCUGAAACAGAAUGGGUUGACUUCUGCUGAUAAACACCUUGGGUAGGAUCCGGCCAAAUUUUAAGUCACAUGGAUUUCCUGCUGAAAUUAAUGGCCCUUAAAUGUGUCGGCUUGGCUGGGCUGUGCCCCUUGUGAAAUAUAAAUAAAAUCCGACCGGUUUAUUACAACAAAUCAUCAUGUAACAUUCUGCUUUCUAGGUUAGAGCAGAAUGACGUGUAAGCGUCUGCUGAAGCCUGAAUGUCUUCCAAACUCCCCACCUCCCCAACCCGAUAAAUAUUUCCUUAUCAGUAAUUUUGUCGUACAGUUUUCCUGGAAUGUGGAGAUACUGUUGGCUUUCUGUUGAUUUCCUAAAGAUGGCAUGUACCCAGAUUCAAAGAAAUCUGAAACCAUCUUGGCUUCAGUAGAGAUUUCAUCAAUUGCAACAUUGCCUUAGACUCUUAAAAUUAGUCCCUGUCAGUACACCGCUUAGCAUUUGUAGGGUAAAAGGCUGAAAAAUGAGUAGGAAGUGCUAUCAGCUUGCUCAUCUAGAGAAGGGGAUUUGUACCACCCUGCUUUUUAAAAGUGGGCGUAUGAAUGGUUCUAACAGCCAUCAGCCCAGCCCCCAGGCACUGUGAGUUCCAGCCACCCCUGGUUAUCCACCCUCUGCUUCUUCUAGGAGUUCAUACCCAAAAGAGGUAUUUUAACUGGAAAACAUAGAGAGACAGAGGCAUUAAAAGACAGUCAAUACAGAAAAGAAACCAGAUGAUAAAAAAACUCCUAACUUCUCUUUCGACUCUUCAUUGACAAUAAUUUGCUGGGCUUGAACUUAUAAUUUUGGAAGUAUGAAUGUCCAUUCAAUUACAACAGGAUUGGAACCAUGAUAGGUAUUCUCUUCUCCAAUCCUCUCUCCAUCCCCCCUCUCUUCCUCCAUGCUUUAGAGGUGAAUUUUACUUCAAAUCUCUUGAUCAGCCAGACCAGUGGGUUGGGCUUUGUGUGCCCAGCCACAGACCCCUCACCCCCCUGGGAGCCAAGGCCAGGAAAAACAAGACACAACACAGUAGGAUUAAAAUUAGGCCACAACUUUAUUAAAUUUCAGAUGUAGGAAACCUUGGCUUAGGCAUUGGGCGGUUAUCCCUCUUAGCCCCCAAUUGGGGACUGAGGCUGAGCAAGGGUGAGGCAGGAAAUAUGGGGGAGACUGCAAAAUGGAUGUUUACGCAGCUGCCCCCCUCCAGUUCUGGGAGUUUGACCAUACACCGAGCACUCGUGGCCAGUGACUCCCUGCGAAAACCCCUUUAACGGGGCCCUGCUAACAGCACUGCACGAGGGGUGCGUAACCACGCUACCCCUCCAUUCCAUUGAUGGCCUAAAGAAUACCACCCAAGGCCUAAAAUCACCAAAGUUGUGACAAUUGCUAUGGGGAAGGCAAAACCUGCAGAAUCUGGGAAACAGCAACCAUCGUGCGACUGCAGCAAUGCCCACGGACCUGAAAAGGAAAAGGUUAACCUGCAACAACCUUAAAACAGUUAGAGAGAGGGUAGGGUGGGUGAUAAGGGAUGCGGGUGGUGCUGUGGGUUAAACCACAGAGCCUAGGACUUUCCAAUCAGAAGGUCGGCGGUUCGAAUCCCCAUGACGGGGUGAGCUCCUGUUGCUCGGUCCCUGCUCCUGCCAACCUAGCAGUUCGAAAGCACCUCAAAGUGCAAGUAGAUAAAUAGGUACUGCUCCGCUAGGAAGGUAAACAGCGUUCCUGUGCACUGCUCUGGUUCGCCAGAAGUGGCUUAGUCAUGCUGGCCACAUGACCUGGAAGCUGUAUGCCAGCUCCCUUGGCCAAUAAAGUGAGAUGAGUGAGAUGAGUGCUGCAACCCCAGUCGGCCAGGGGUCCCUUUACCUUUACCUUUGGUGGGCAAGGUGAGCAGUCAUUACUGUUACUUGAAGUGACCAGCCAGUGUGCAAGUUAACUUCGAAGAUGGACCUUCCUUCUCUAUUGUUAAAAGGGAAAUGAAGCAGGAAAAGAGUCAUUGUCUCUCAGGACAUAGAUAUUCCUUAAAGAUCACCAAUUAUUCACCUGGCAGGAAGUGUAUUGUGAUGGAAUGGGCAUUGAGUGACUCACCCACGCCAAAAAAGCAAACAAAGAUUGGUUCGAGAACUGUCUUACACUCAAUAACCAGCACUUUGGACCAGCUUUUAAUUUAUAGCUAGAUAGGAUCUGAAAAUGUAACUAAAUUGUGUUUUCUCUGCGCUGUUACCUGAAAUAUUUUUGUAAUGUUGAUGGAGAGUAAGUGAUUGGGAUUUUCAUGCUGUCGUGCAAUUACAGUUCUACUAUAGUUGGAUACCUUUUUGGACAUCUGGAGGGCUUUUAUCGACUUAUAAGUACAAUCUUGGAUGGAAGUACUGCUUGAUAUUGUAUUAUCAAUGUGAGUUGACAGUGUUUAUUGGCACUAUGUAUUUUUCUUUCCUUUUUUAAUAUCAUGUUUACUUGGUCUUUUUUCCCCUCAAGAGUUUUUUGUCCAAGAGUUUGGAAUCUGUGAUUUUCAGGAUACCAAGGAGGGAUUUAGGCUUGUGUUUAAAGCUAUGCUUAAGGAAAAAAACUAUUGGAUAACUAGCCAGAAUAUAAGCUGAUGCAGGCCAUAUGAUAAAUAUAAAUUCACGUGACUCCUGUAAAACAUUGUCAAUCAUAGCUUCUGAUCUCAGUAAGAAAGGAAUUCAAUUUGCUGUAGGUUUCUUUCAGAAACAUACAUAAUUUCUGGCUUCUCCUUCAACUGUAUAUGUUAUAAAUGACUUAUAUAAUAACGUGAAACAAAUGCCAGUCACGAAGCAUGACUAGUUUGGUAAUUUAAAGGGGGGAAAAUAAGAAUUUGAGACUUGAAGUGAGAUAUUAAAAAAAACCUAUGUUUCAUAUUUAAUUAUCAAUAUUUGAUAGCCUAUAUUUUGUAAUCGCAUACCACUUGCUAUUUUAUGUUUGUAAUCUGCUAGCUGCUGUUCCUUAAUAGUCAACAAUUUAUCACUCAAUAGUAAUUGUUUAAAAUCAGCAUUGGUUUGUGCUAAAAGGAGUCACAUUGGUUCUUUGCAACAUCUGGAACAAACUCAUUUAUAUCAGUCCUUCAUUACAACACUUUACUGAAAUACAGAAACAUGGUCCUGGUUUGUACAUCACAGUAAGCCAUGCCAAUCCCUGCAUGCUUUGAUCCUUCCCACUGGUGUGUGGGAGAAACAAACCAUGAUCCCUGGCUUAGCAGCAUAAUUUGUUUCUUUCCAAUCAAACCUAAAUCUGUAGCCAGAGUUUGCUCUUGAUUUAUUCUUCAGGGUUUGUUUGGAGUGAAACAAAUUAUGAUACCCAGUUUGAAGGUAACAUUAAGCCAGGGAUUUGGGUUUGUUGCUUCUGCACACAAGGCAGGUGAGAUCUGUACAUUCACAGCAAAGCAUUAACUCUGGUUAACCGUGGGAAACAAUAUUUAUUGGCCACCAGCUAUAUUUCAGCCAGUAUUAAGGAAAUGGUUGUAUUUAGAAAAAAGAGAGAAGAUGAGAUAAAAGGAAAGACUUCUUGUCAUCAAAAUCUUUGGCUUAACAAUGUUGCUUUGGAAGAAGUUGUUAUCUUGGUUUGCCUCAAAUAUAUAUAUAUAUAUAUAUAUAUAUAUAUAUAUAUAUAUAUGUAUAUGUAUAUGUAUAUGGCAUAUUUCACUGAGACAAUUUAGGAUGACGCACAGCACUUGUUCAUUAGCAGAAAACCUGACACUACAUUAUUCCAACGUGCAAAAGCCAGUCAGACUCUUGCCAACUACAUUAUAUGAUCAUGAAGUAUAGCUGUAAGUUAGAAAGCGUGAGUCUCACUCAAAUAAUUUAAGUGGAAUAGUUUGCUGAUAGAUUCCUGCCAAUGGGUUAAUCUUUCCUUGCAUGGAAGACGAUACUGUGUCCUCACAUGGUUGAUUCUGUGCCUGGUGCAGGGACCUGCAGAAAUAGCUCCGUUUAUGGAGCCUUCCCCUGCUAGCUCCUCCUAGUUAAGAAUUGGGGGAAAUGGAGCUGUCCAUCUCCUGCUGAUCUUCUGUAUAGCAAGGCUUUGGAAAAACCUUUCAGCACGUUGGACAAGGCACGCAUACAGACUGUCCGAAAGAGCUUUAUUUAUCUCUAUAAAAAGAAUAGGUACAUACUCUUUGAUUUAGGAGGGCAUUUAUGAAUAAUGAACUUAUGCAUUGUGAACUUGGAAUUUUCUUUUUCUACUGACUGCAGGAUUUACAGCCUCUAUGUAUUUUUUUUAUAUAAAAAAACAUUUUAUUGUAUUUCGGCUAUCAUGCUAGCAGCAGUUUGAUACAUCAGCGAUGCUUUAUUAUCUUUAAUUCUGAAACACUCUGAGCUUCUCAUCAUGAAUGUACAGGGGGAAUAUGAAUCUGGGAAACAAGCAAAAUGCCCCAAAGUCUUCAGGAUUUGCCAUAUAUUUGGAGUUGGGAGAGCCAAGACGGAUGAGGCAAUAACAAAGCUCUUCAUGAAUUAACACGCUAAAGUGUCUAUUUUAAUAUAUUAGCUCAUUUUCAGAUUACUCACAAAGUGAGCAAAAGUUCUUUAAUAGUUUCUCAGACCCUGUGUUUGCUUUGUAGUAGGAGCGGUCAUUAAAGUCAGUGGGAGUUGAACCCACCAAUUUUUGCUUGGGGGACGACGACUCAUAUUUAUAGGCUCCAUGUGCACAGAUGUAUUGAUUGGUCCUUGAAAGCCUGGCGUCUCAGCAGUAAUUCACUGAUCAGCCAUAUCUCUACCUUAGAAGCAGGGGAGGGCUAUAGUUCAGUGGCAAAGCAACUGCGUUACAUGCAGAACAACUGGGAUAAACCCCUGCCUGAAAUAUUGGAGAACUACAGCUAUUCAGUCUAGAGUAGAUGAUAUUGAGUUAGAUAGACCAUUGGGUUGACUUGGUAUAGGGCAGCUUCCUAUUUUCUUAAGGGCCUUAAACCACAGCUGUUCAAACUUACAAUGUCACUGUUAACUUUCAGAAUGUAAUUCUUUGGUUCCUGGAUGGGCAUCCCAGGGGUCAUAGCAUUCUGCUGAUCUUCCUCUCCAUAAACAGAGAGAGGGGUUUGCUGGUGGGGCAUGAGUCUGCUCGUGGUUUCCCCAAUGCAUUCCUGAAUGAAAGGGAGGGCUAUAAAAGCCCAGCAAGACUUGGUGGUUCUACCAUCUUCAAUUUUCUCUCUCUCACCCCCUUUGAAUUAUGUUUGCGUGAGGUGCUCAAUUCCUUCUCCAUAGCUGAGACAUGCCACCAUCUCAAAACUGAUGGCUAACAAAAUCAAUGAGCUCUCAGUAAGGAAAACAAUUAUCAGCCAACCAUCUUGGGCCAAUCUCCCUAACAGAAGGAAGGCCACUCCUUAGUAAUGGCAGAAAGAAGCAGAAACGUCAGGGUUAUUAUUGUAACAAAAAGUGCAGUGAGCAAUUCAGAAAAAUGUACCCAACACUUCAGAAAUGGAUUUGUGAGGAGCAAAUGGGGUAGCCAUUUUGUGGCCGUGGGCUAUAUCAAUUUAGGCCUCUGACCUUGUUUCUCACUACAGUGGUACCGCAGGUUACAUACGCUUGAGGUUACAUACGCUUCAGACUCCGCUAACCCAGAAAUAGUGCUUUAGGUUAAGAACUUUGCUUCAGGAUGAGAACAGAAAUCGUGCUCCGGCGGCACAGCGGCAGCAGGAGGCCCCAUUAACUAAUGUGGUGCUUCAGGUUAAGAACAGUUUCAGAUUAAGUACGGACCUCCGGAGCGAAUUAAGUACUUAACCUGAGGUACCACUGUAUUUAUUGGUUGUUCAAGCUCAUAGUAAACCAGUGUUAUAAUUACACCUGCUUAUUUGGCUCCAUACAUUACCCAUUGCUCAGUUCUAGAAAGGCUACCAAAUCACUGCAUAGUACCACUUUUUGUGCUGUAUCCAUACUUCCCAAUGCUUUCCCCAAAGGAUGGAAAACUUGUGGCCUUUCAGGUGAUAUUGGACCCCAGUUCCCCUCAGAUUCCUACACAUGAGUCUGGCAGAGACACAUGCCCGACUGGCAUGUUCUCUCCCUCCUGGUCGUUCGUUCGGGAGAUUCAAAAUCUUUCUCCAGCCCGAACAUUACAGCGACUGAUGCCUUAGAGGCAUCAGUACACGUCAGGAUCAGCAGAGUAUAGGCAGCCAGUGUACAGACUCAGUAGCCCAACAUUUUGGCUAAACUACGUUUCUUUACAUAUACACACUCGGAGCAUUGUAACUCAGCUCCUUCCUCUUCAGCAUCAGACAGCAAAGAGAAAGAACAAAGGACAAUUGUCCUACAUCACAGAAACACAGUAAUACAAACAUCCUGUCUCUGUCACUUCCCACAACGUGGAAUGAAAAUAUACACCAUCAUGUGAUAUAACCAAUCCCAUGACUGCGACACGGGGAAAGAAUCCUAACAGGUCAGUGCUAGGGAAGAUGGGAAUUGGAGUUCAUCAACUUUUGGAGGGACACAGGUUCCAUAUCCCUGUCCUACUGUCAUACCAAAAGUUUCACCUGAGCUGUCAAUUUAGUAGACAAGCCACUAUCCCCUUGAAUACAAACCUUCUACAAUAUGAUGAUGAUGAUGAUGAUGAUGAUACAGACCAACCUUCUGGGGUUGUUGUAAGAACUACGCAGACGUUGCAUGCAAUGCACUUUGCCCACUUGAAGUUUGAUAUAUACAUGCCAAGAGUGAUUAUGGAUUGGUUAUUCUAUAACUAUAAUUAGGUUUUUUAUGGUUUAUUUAAGUGUUAAGUGUUCUCAGGUUGGAUUUGGUGGCUGUUCCUCACAGAUACUGAUUAAAGGAUGUAGCCCUGACACGACUUACAAGUUUGCCUUCUCUUCAAUGGGAUUUGCAAGCUUGUAAGUAUUACCCAGAUGGUUGCCUUAAUCUUUAACAUGCCAUUUUAAUUGUUACUAAUUUAAUGCAACAGCAUAGCUUAUCCACUCCCACUUAUCACUAGAGUUUGCUGUUCUUUCAGAAGGAAAUAAUCAGGGGGACUGCAGUGAUGCUUAUAGCCACACACAAAGCGCUCAGUAAUUUCUAAGUGAAGGAUUUGGGACAAAAAAAGGAUGGGGGACUGGUACAUGAAAGCAACCUUAACAAGAAAAGCUGAAUGUGCACUUUAAAGCACACUCAGUGCACAUUUAAAGCACAUGGCUCCCCCACCCCAAAUCCUGGGAAACGUAGUUUGUUAAGGGUGCUGGGAAUUGCAGUUCUGUAAGGGGGGGUAGGCUAGGGACACGGGUGGCGCUGUGGGUUAAACCACUGAGCCUAGGGCUUGCCGAUCAGAAGGUCGGCGGUUCGAAUCCCCGCAACGGGGUGAGCUCCUGUUGCUCGGUCCCUGCUCCUGCCAACCUAGUGGUUUGAAAGCACGUCAAAGUGCAAGUAGUUAAAUAGGUACCGCUCUGGUGGGAAGGUAAACGGCGUUUCUCUGUGCUGCUGUGGUUCGCCAGAAGCGGCUUAGUCAUUGCUGGCCACAUGACCCGGAGGCUGUACGCCGGCUUCCUCGGCCAAUAAAGCGAGAAGAGCGCCGCAACCCCACAGUCAGCCACGACUGGACCUAAUGGUCAGGGGUUCCUUUACCUUUACCUAGGGGGUAGACUACAGUUCCCAGCAUUCUUCGGGGAAAGUAAUGCAUGUUGGAUGUACUUUAAGUGUAUGGUGUAGAGAAGGCAAAAAGGAUGUGGAUUUAGCCCUGCUUUACCAGAGAAACCUACUUAGCCAAUGAGCACACACUUCACCUGCCAGGGAACGAUCCCUUCCCUGGCUACAUUUGACACCCACACGAUCCCUUGUGAUAAGUAGGAAAGAAAACUGGAGAAAAAUGAUACACAGUGAAAUUCUGUUUGUGUUUACUCAGAAGCAGAAAUGUUUUCUCUAGAGAACACUCUGGCGUUUUUAGCGGAACUCACAUUGUGGUAUGCCUAGGAUUGCUAAGCCCCAUUGAACACAACAGAGCUUCCUUCUGAGUAGGCAUGCAUAGGAUUGCACUGAACACAGGACAAAUGCCGAAAUAUAGCUGUCCUUUGUCAACAACAAACUGUCACUGUUUUCUGUGUUGAAUAUAUAUUAUAUGGUAAUUUAUGGACCUAAUAGGUAUUUGCACAUGUUGCCAUGCAACCAGUCCACACAGAAGGUAGGCACCCUAUAUAUAGAAGUGAGCAAACCAGUGAUAUUUUAGGGAGCAGGCUAGCAGGCAGGGCCCAUUACUUACGUACAUCACAGGAGCCUACACAACACAAAACACUGUUGCCUUAUGUAGGUUUUAUUUUAUUCGUUUUUAUCUUAUAUUUUGGAAAUGUACAUCCACUUUUUUCCUUUAAUUGUUUGGGGGGUCCCCAAGAGAGUGGGGCCCUAAGCUACAGCUUGUUUAGCUUAUUCGUAAAUCCGGCACUGAAACCCGUAUCUCAUAAGAGCAAUCUAGGUGUUAGGCACAAAUGAGCCUAACCAAGCCUCUGUGUUCUUUUAUUUGAAAAUGAAAAACAUUUUUGGAAAGGCCAAGUCUGGGUGGAGGGGUGCUUAUCCUAUUUUCUGCUGACUGGUAUUCAAUUCCACUUAACUCCCUGCUCCCUGCUUUUUCCCUCUGUGGCUUUGCAAGCUUCUUGGGCUCCUGUAGCAGUGGGUGGAGCUUGGGACCAUAGCUGUCAACUUACAGAUUUGAAAAUAAGGGACCAGCAGCCUCAAAAAUAAGGGAUCAGCAGCCAAAAUAAGGGAUUUUUUGGGCACAGCUAUGUUCAACUUCUGAGCCCCUCCCAGCCAAAGGCAGAAAGCCCAGCCAGCAGCCAAACGAAGCCUCAAGCUUCUUAUAUAUUUAUUAUUUUGGAGAUAGUUGGUAAGUCAUUAUUGUGUGUACUGGGAGUUUUGCCCCCAGUCCUGAUCUGUAAUAUGGGUUUAAAUAUACUGACCUACCUUAAAGGCUUCUUUUAACCAUUACUGUGAUGAUUAUACACGGAGUGCUUUGACAGCUCAGAGAAAAUGUAAUAAUUAUAAUAUUCCAAAGAACUUCACCCUUUGGAAAAUGUGACUGCAUUUACCCUGGAUCAAAAGACAUUUCUCUGCAGGAGUUCUAACCCUUUUUUUUUGUUUAUUAAAAAAUAUAUGAUUUGAUCUUAAGUUCCUUCGCCAGUAACCAGACAGAUAAUUGCAGCAGGGGUGUGUACGUGGGUGCAGUUAAUAAUAAAUAUAAUGAGGGCUGGUUCAGGAGCUUGUGAACUGGGAAGCGACUAUAUCAUUUGAUGCUGAUUGUUUUAAACUUUUUAAAAUGUUGUAUUUUGAAUUGCUGUCACUCGCUCUGGGAUGUUAGAAUGAAGAAUGGGUAAUAAUAAUAAUAAUAAUAAUAAUACUUGUUUAAAAGGUAAAGGGACCCCUGACCAUUAGGUCCAGUCGUGACCGACUCUGGGGUUGUGGCACUCAUCUCGCUUUAUUGGCCGAGGGAGCCGGCGUACAGCUUCCGGGUCAUGUGGCCAGCAUGACUAAGCCGCUUCUGGCGAACCAGAGCAGCAGACGGAAACGCCGUUUACCUUCCCGCCAGAGCGGUACCUAUUUAUCUACUUGCACUUUGUGCUUUCGAACCGCUAGGUUGGCAGGAGCAGGGACCAAGCAAUGGGAGCUCACCCUGUUGCGGGGAUUUGAACCACCAACCUUCUGAUUGGCAAGUCCUAGGCUCUGUGGUUUAACCCACAGCACCACCCGAAUCCUUUAAUAAUACUUGCUAGUGCUUGCAAAAUGUUUUGUGUGUGCUAUUCAUCACCUGAUGAAGCCUCUAGCCCACCUUUGACCCAGUCAUAUUUUUACCUGCCCUAUAGCUAAUGUCAUAUAUGACAUGUAGUCACCAACACAGGGGUCCUUUUGGACCCAGAAGAGGGUGGAACUGUAGAAGGAAUGGGGGUGGAGCAGAAGGGGUAUAAUGGGGUGGGGCGCACUUAUAUGCACUCCGUCAAUAUGUGGGGGGGCUGGGAAUGGAACCCCCAUGUGAAAUCCUCCCCACCUGUAUUCAGUGCAAGCUUUGACUUAAGCCUUGGUAGCCAGCCUGUUGGAAAACAAGAGAAAAAUUGGAAAUGCAAAGAAUGUGGUUUUCUACGAUUCUUCGGAGAUAAUUUUCAUACAACAAGUGUUCCAAGAAGCCAUCCGUACAAUUGGCUUCAUACUUUUGUUAUAAACUUAUUCUGCUUACCUGAAAAACAAAAUUGUCAGUGUCAUUUAAGCCAUGAAUUGAGGCUGAUCGGUUUUCCAGGCAGCUGUCCAAAUGGCAAAACUGGAUGACUCAGAUGACUGCUAAAAAGAUAUGGGCCUAGUAUUUACCUAUACAUUGUCUUUCUUGAUUUCUUUCCCAGGUUGGUAGUGACUGAAGUUAUUACCAUCUGUCUACUGCUCAGUGACCUUGGCAAAAUUAGAUGGUAUUCUUAGCACUGUCCCCAGUGGACAGGUGUCCUGCUCACGAAAUUGGCCCCAGUUGAUACCUUGUUGGCAUCUUUAGCUGAUAGGCUGAGUGUUGAAUAACAGUGAAAAGCAAAUUACCUCAUAAUUUCUUCAAAUGACCUUCUUUGAAUCAGGAAGAUGUCAUAGAUGUGGUUGCAAUCUUCAGUAUAUCUCUCCUACAGCAAUGUUUUCAAACUACUUUUCCUCUGGGGAUGCUUUCUAUGUAGACAUCAUAUUUUUUUGUUUAUUGAGGUGUCCCAGCACAUACCUGUUGUGUAACCUCUGCAUGUGGUGGCCAAUGAGUUGCUUUACAGAUGAACUCCCAUCAGGCCAAUGGUCAGGGAUUGUAGUCCAACAACAUCUGCAAUCCAACUCCAUGCUGGCUAUCCUUGUUUCAUGGGAUUCUGGACAGGUCUUUGAGCACGGUCUCAGCUUGCGAGGGGAACUUGGCAGAGAGGUUGAUAUCUGCCUUUCCAUCAUAUUAAACACCACACACUUGUCUGAGACUACUCACUGCAGAAAAGAAAAACCAAUAAUGGCAUACAAACUUUAAGAGGAGGUUUCUUAUGACCUCCCUCCCUAAGGAACAUGCAGGGCCACAGCUUCAAAACCAUACCAAUAAAGUAGAUCUAUUUGGUAAUGCAUAAACUACUCAGCAGCAGGGCUACAGAGCUUCUGUGAUUCUGAAGAACUGCCGUACAAGCAUACAGUUUGACUGCAACCUGCUGAGAACUGCAGUUGUCUUUUUUAAAAAUGCACAACCAAAUUUCUAGGUAGUGUGGCUACAGAUAUAUCGGCUUGAACGUGUGUGGAGAAACCAUUUCAAGUCUAUUAUUGCAGCUACGCAGACUAAAACAUCAUUUUUUCUGUGCGUAGGGUGUGCAAAACGAGCGGCAAAUAUAAGCUGACUUCAUAGUUUUGUGGCUGUGGUGAACAUUUGCUCUUCUAGUUGCAUGUGUGUGUAGGUUAGUUCCUUUUGUAUACAGUGGUACCUCGGGUUACAUACGCUUCAGGUUACAUAAGCUUCAGGUUACAGACUCCGCUAACCCAGAAAUAGUGCUUCAGGUUAAGAACUUUGCUUCAAGAUGAGAACAGAAAUCGUGCUCCGGCGGUGCAGCAGCAGCAGGAGGCCCCAUUAGCUAAAGUGGUGCUUCAGGUUAAGAACAGUUUCAGGUUAAGUACGAACCUCUGGAACGAAUUAAGUACUUAACCCGAGGUACCACUGUAUAAACCAUGCUCAAAUCGUUGCACAGGUUCAAAAUCCCAUAGAAACACUAACAGCGAACUGAAAGAUAAAAAACUUAAACUAAAAAAGGGGGAGAUCGGAGAGCACCAUACUUACACCCUAAAUAGUUGGGACCAAAAUACUUCCAGGAAUAGAAGUGGCUUCAUUAGGGCAAACGAGGUAUUGACUCACCAAUUUCAGUGUACCCUCAGUAAGCCCCAGGCUGCCUCGUUUCUUACAUGCAACCAGUCAGAGGGUGGCUCUCCCUGUUAUUGGCUGUGGUGCCACCCACUGCUGACCUUCCUGCCUCCCAUCCUGCCAGCCCAAAUGGGCACCGGUCAUCACUAGCUCCAACUCUAUGAGCCUGUCUGCCCACACAGAACUUUUGAGGAGCUCUGCUUGAUUCCCCAGUGUGGUUAAGAGCGAUAGACUCGUAAUCUGGUGAACCGGGUUCGCGUCUCCGCUCCUCCACAUGCAGCUGCUGGGUGACCUUGGGCUAGUCACACUUCUCUGAAGUCUCUCAGCCUCACUCACCUCACAGAGUGUUUGUUGUGGGGGAGGAAGGGAAAGGUGAAUGUUAGCCGCUUUGAGACUCCUUCGGGUAGUGAUAAAGCAGGAUAUCAAAUCCAAACUCGUCCUCUUCUUCUUCCCCCCAUUUGUCUGCCAUACAUGUUGUUGGGGGGGUGGGAUUCAGGAAAAGGCUGUCUCUGUGGCAGCACCCAGUUGAUUGCACUCUCUCUCCCAAGAGAGCCGUCUGUGUUGGUAUUUUGCACAAAGUGAAUUUUGUAUGUGUGUGCGUGGUGGCAAGCCUUUCUGGUUAUUGAAUGCUAAAAAUUUAUCUUUUUUUUAUAAAAAAAACUUGCUCUUUCUGUAAGCUUGCAUCUCUGUAUGUGUGUGCUAUAAAUAAAUUUUAUUAUUAUUAUUAUUAUUAUUAUUAUUAUUAUUAUUAUUAAAUUCUGAUGGUGUUCACCACCCUGGGCAACCUGGAGAUGAACUGGGGAAGCAGGAUAUAAAUAUUUUUGUGUGCAUUAAAUGCAUUAUGAAAAAAGAAUAACGACCAUACCAUCUUAGAGAAGUCCCGACUUUGCGCCUAGCGCCAGCAGUGGGACAUGGUCCAGGGUCACAUUCAAAGAAUUAUAAAUGCUAAGUGUUACUUAGUGCUUUCAAGUGUUCAAAGAGAUUCAGAUAGGUUAUAUAAUCCUUACGCAUCACUAGGCGACACCAGUUCUUAAAGAACAGGAAGCAGCAUAUUAGAGAUGCUCCGUAAGGUGCGCAGGACAAAGGCUCUUGUGGGCUUUCAAGGCCUCCCCGUGAAUUGGGCUGAGAAGCUGAGGAGCUAGUGCAGGCAAAGAAGACUUGGAAUACUAAUGAAUUGGAAGUCUGUUGCUGCUCUUGAGCAACCAGCCUAGAUAUCUGAGUAGGAGAGAGAGAAAUGCAACUGCCCCCCUCCCCAGCCCACCUAUAAAAGCAUUUUAUAUUCAUAAAUAUUUAUUAUCAAUUUAAAGACGUAAUUUGCUGGGAAGUUACAGAUCUGCCUGCUCCAAAUGUGCUUUUCCACACCGAAACUGUCCCUUUUCCGUUCUUCUGUUCCCAGUUUGCCUGUUAUCAUCUCAGCUGAAAGAGAGUGGCACAGAGUGAGGCUCGGCAGCCGACGUGAGAUGGGGGGUGGGGCAGCCACUGGACACUCUCCCUGUCUGAUGUGAAACUGAGUAAUAAUUGGAUUUUGCACUCAGUUGCUUUCCAUUCUUUGGAAUGUUUGUUCCUCUGAGCGGUGAUUCAUACUUGACAGUGCCCAUUGCACUGUGUGUAAAGCUCCCCUACUAUUUAGCUGACAUUAAAAAUGCUCACCACUGAAUCUAUAAAUAGUUCCUAGAAGGCAAACGGGGAUUUUUUUAGAAGGUCCACCAAGAAGCAGCUUUUAAUUUUCUCCAACCCAGCAUUAGCUUGCUCUUGUGUAAUAACUGUAUACCUUAGCAUCAGAAUGUUCAUCUGUACUGUGAGCAGAUGUUUUUCUUUUCAAUGUGGUAAUAAAACAAUUUCCCUCAGUAGCACCUUGUUGUGCCACUUUGCCUGGGUAUGUUAAGUUCUAAACCAAAAUAAAUUGAGGUAUUAAGGAUAAGCAGGUCCUGGCUGGCAUUUCAUAUUUGUGUCUUACACUUCAGCAGGCAAGCUGGCACCCAGGGUGUUCUGUACUGUCUGAAAUGGUGUUAAAUUAGUCUUUGAAUUCCUAAAAAUUCCCCUCACUACUUUUGGUCUCACGCUUCAGAGUAUGUGUACUCCCUUAGGAUUAGCUUGAGGUUCAGUUAGUAGAUCUUACUAUGGAAGUUUCCCAUUGCUGGUUGUUUACUAUACAUGUUGCAUGCACUGGGGUGGUUAAAAGUAUAUUAUUAUUUAAUUUUCAUAGUGCUUUUAUGACACAUGAAAUUCUAGAGAACAACACAUUAAAAAAGAGAGAGGAGGACUCUGCCAAAAAGAACUAACAAUCAGUAGUGAAGGAAGCAGAGGGAGGGAAGCAAUAGAAGGAAGGUGGGCUUUAAAAAAUGCAUCUAUAAAGGCUUUAAUCAGUGUUUUUUCAGUUGAUGUGCACUGGAGCGCAGUUCCGGCACCUCUCUGGUGGGUGCCAUUGUGGGCCAGCGCUCCCCACCCACUUCUUGCCUUUACAUACUUCUGAGAAGCUCAAAACAGACAUUUCAAGUCAAAAUGCAAGUCUACACUUUGUUAAGAUCUAUGACUCCACCUUGAGGGAUGCAGGUGGCGCUGUGGGUUAAACCGCAGAGCCUAGGACUUGCCGAUCAGAAGGUUGGCGGUUCGAAUCCCUGCAACAGAGUGAGCUCCCGUUGUUCGGUCCCUGCUCCUGCCAACCUAGCAGUUUGAAAGCAUGUCAAAGUGCAAGUAGAUAAAUAGGUACCGCUCUGGUGGGAAGGUAAACAGCGUUUCCGUGCGCUGCUCUGGUUCGCCAAAAGCGGUUUAGUCAUGCUGGCCACAUGACCCGUAAGCUGUACGCCAGCUCCCUCGGCCAAUAAAGUGAGAUGAGCGCCGCAACCCCAGAGUCGGUCACGACUGGACCUAAUGGUCAGGGGUCCCUUUACCUUUACCUUAUGACUCCACCUAGCUCCUAGCCACAUUUGGUCAAGCUAUGGGGUAGAGCAAAUUCGUAUUUCCUUUUCUUCAUUCUGUCUCCUGUGUAGCAGUGGCGAGUUUUAAUCUUUCCGGCCAGGCCUCUACCAUUGCACACGUCUUCUUCUUUUUUGGCGAUCACUUGUAGCCGAGUAAGAUUGUCUUCCAUAAACAUGGUUUUAACAAUGAGUCCGUAAGUGACUGUGGAGGCCAAUUCUGGAUCAACACAUCCUUCCACAGUAGGCACAUAGGUUUCUGGACAGGAGUUGAUCAAGGUGAGGGUUUGCCAAGCAUGCCUUCCUCUUAGCACGUUUCUUCCUUUUGUCCUGAGUUUGAGCAUCUUCAAAGUCCACAACACCUUUGGUAAAGGCUGUUCUCCAAUUGGAGCUCUCGCAGGCCAGUGUUUCCCAGUUGUCGGUGUUUAUAUACAUUUUUAAAGAUUUGUCUUGAGAAAGUCUUUAAACCUCUUUUGUUGACCACCAGCAUUACGCUUUCCAUUUUUAAGUUCGGAAUAGAGUAGUUGCUUUGGAAGACGAUAAUCAGGCAUGCGAACAACACGAGCCGUCCAACAAAGUUGAUGUUGAAGAAUCAUUGCUUCGACACUGGUGAUCUUUGCUUCUUCCAGUACACUAGCAUUAGUUUGCCUGUCUUCCCAAGUGAUAUGAAAUUUUUUCCAGAGACACCGUUGAUGGAAUCUUUUGAGGAGUUGGUGAUGGCGUUUAUAAGUGGUCCGUGUUUCACAAGCAUACAGUAAGGCUGGUAGUACAAUAGCUUUGUAAACAAGCAUUUUGGUUUCCCUGAGAAUGUCCUGGUGCUCAAACACUAGAAAGUCAAAAACCAUUUUGGGAUUCAGGAAGGGUAGCCUCAGAUAUAGUUAGGAUGUGGUUUGCUAAGAUCCUUACAAGAAUUUUGCAGGCCGCAGUUAAUAAAGAGAUGCCUCUAUAGUUUCCACAAUCCAUUCUAUCACCUUUUUAAAAAAAAGUUGAUAAUUUUGGCAUCCCUAUAGUCUUCUGGUAUCUCCUCUCUCUCCCAGAUUUUUUUGAUGAGCUUGUGAAGUUGUUGUGUCAGUUCAUUUCUGCCCACUUUGAAGAAUUCGGCAGGUAUCCCAUCAGGUCCGCUGGCUUUGAUUCAAAGAAAAGCAAUCCGAUGGAUUUCCAAUGACAGUUGAAGCAUUAGUUCUGCGUGCUUUGGCAUGUUAGCUUGACCACUGAUACAAGAUCUUCAGGUGUGUAAAAGAGAACCCAGCAAUGCAAAAGCUUUACGCACAUGGAACCAAAUCCCCUGCAAUAAGCAUUAAGUUUACAAGGACAUUCAAGGCAGAUGUACAGUGAGUCCAAAAUGGCCUUGAAGGUGAAGUAGGGAGGCCUGGCAAGCCUAAUUUUGCCCAUAGGUCAGAGGUUUGUCAACCCUGUGCUAAGCGAAUAAAGUCAUGUUCAGAAAAGCUGUCAUUCCAACAGGAAGAUGUGGGGACUUUCAGGAGUUGAUUUCAAGCAGCUGCACAAUCUUGAUGACUUAUGAAUUAAAAAUGGAAAGUCAGAAAAAAGAGAUAGAAGGUGAAGACUUUUGAACUAGAAAAUUGCAGGAGCUGAUUGAGGUGGCUGUGAUCCGAACAUAGCUUGUAUAUUGCUGCUUUGUUGGGAAAAGCUUCUAGUGAUUCCUGCAUUCAUCUUCUUCCGAACUGAACUCUUAGGUGUAAUUUACAAACUGUGAAGUGAGGUAAUUUUACAUGCUUUUGUUCUGUGUUCAGUUAGCAGCUUGAAACCUCCAUAUCGGGCCAAUGGGAAAUAAUAAUUUCACUUUUCUCAUUGCUUAUGCUUCCUUUCUGCAUUUUGACACUAAGUGACAUUUGCGCACACAACAAUGUUAGGCACAAGGCAAAUGCGCUUUACCUUUCAACAAAAUCUUCACAGUGUUGUCACAUUGUGCCUGCUAGGCUGCAAGAGUUGUUUUAAAGAGCCCAAUAAACUCAACAGCCUGGAAGUUUGAAGGCUUCGAAAUAUAUGGAACGUCUUCCUCUUUGGUAUAGCCAAAGAGAUUACUGUAUUUUUUGCUCUAUAAGACUCACUUUUUCCCUCCUAAAAAGUAAGGGGAAAUGUGUGUGCGUCUUAUGGAGCGAAUGCAGGCUGUGCAGCUAUCCCAGAAGCCAGAACAGCAAGAGGGAUUGCUGCUUUCACUGCGCAGCAAUCCCUCUUGCUGUUCUGGCUCCUGAGAUUCAGAAUAUUUUUUUUCUUGUUUUCCUCCUCCAAAAACUAGGUGCGUCUUGUGGUCUGGUGCGUCUUAUAGAGCGAAAAAUACGGUAACAAUCAGGGACAAAUCAACAAUGAAACUAAUGAAGCUUAACCUUCAGGGCCCCUAAUCCUGUUGGGGUUCCCAGAAGCAACUUUAGUCCACACUGCGACCCACUUAGAGUCACAUAACUCAAUCUGAGUUGUAUAUAUUUGUUGCAUAUAUUUCAACCAUCCCAAAGUUUGAGAGUCAGUAGCACAGAUGUUGUAAAGGUGUGCUGAUCUGUCAUGGAACAAGCCCAUUGCAGAAGAUAAUAGUGGCUACCCAGACCCAAAGCUGUCAACUUACAGAUUUGAAAAUAAGGGACCAGCAGCCUCGAAAAUAAGGGAUCAGCAGCCAAAAGAAGGGAUUUUCCAAACACAGGUAUGUUCGACUUCUGAGCCCCUCCAAGCCAAAGGCAGAAAGCCCAGCCAACAGCCAAACGAAGCCUCAAGUGGUGGUUCCCACAGCGCAGCAACCCGGCAAAGGGGAUGCAGCAAGGAAAACCACCGUCACCUCUCCGCUGGGAAGCGCUGAGCAAAGGCGAGUCCCCAGGCAAUGCGGCCGAUUUGAUCAGCACUAGGCAUGCAAGCUCCACCUCCCCAGUCGUUCUUAGACUCCUUAUUGGGUGAGCAACGCAGCCAAGCAACACAGUUGGAGCCUCCCUCCUCCCUGGCCGGCAGGGAGGGAGGGAGAGGAGAUGCGUCUUUUGAAAUCCGGGAAAUUUAAGGGACAUCAUCAAUAAGGGACAGCAGCGGGACACAGCACUGGGAUAAGGGACUUUCCCACCAAAUAAGGGAUGGUUGACAGCUAUGCCCAGACCUCAUUGCUGGUUGUGAAAGGGCUUUGGUGACGGUUCAAGCUUCAAGGCCCCCAAAAUGUAGGUCCAUCACUGAUAGCAUUGAGAUUCCUGCAUUAGACGCUUAUGUUGUGAACUGCCCUAAAUCUAUGAAUGAAGGGGUGUGUGUGUAUACUAACUAACUAACUAACUAACUAACUAACCAACCAACCAAAUAAAAAAAUAAAAAAUAAAUAUUGUAUAUGCCUGAGGUCUUUUUUAAGAUACACAGUUUUGCAGCAGAACCCAUCUAUAUUAUUAGCCCUGUCCACCUGCUAAAGUCAUAAGAACAUAAGAAAAGCUCUGCUAGAUUGGACAAAAGGUUGCCCCCAUGAUACUAUACAGAUUUUGAACCUGGAGAGAGCACGGUGGAGGUUUCCACCUGGCUAGCUAAAUAAUUCCUUCCCAUCACAGACUUACCUAAGUGUAAGUCUGUGUGCCUUUCAGGGGGGUUGAAGUAAUAAAUGUGUUAUGGAUAAUAGUUUAAGGGGACAGAAGGAUGUGCUCAAACAAGCACCAAUAGAUCGUGCCUUUCAAAUAUACCUACUUGAGACAAAAGAGCUUUUGGAGGCAGCAAAGACUGCCAGCCAGUAUGCUGAUUUUUAAAAAAAUCUAAUAAGGAUAAAUUGUUUUGUAGAAAUAUUAUGGACACUGUUGCUAUUUUGUUUGCUGUAAUCGUUUGAAAAACUAAAAUGGUGCGUAGGGUAUUAAGAGGCUAUAAUGGGCAAUAGAUGCUGGUGACUUGUUUUCCAGCUCUGUAUGUGAACAUGCUGGCUAUGUAACUUGGCUUAAUAAACCAUAACUUGGCUUAUUAAGACAAAAUAUGUAUGAGCAUUUUGACUGCACGCACGGCCACUUUUCUCCUUCCUUUGCUGCGAACUGAUUAACCUGGACAUUAAUUGUGGUCAAGGAUGUUAAACUCAAAUGACUUGGAGGGCAAAUCCCCACCCCCACUCCGCGAAAAUGCUUGGGAACCACAGUAUUCUCAUAAAUAAAUGCAGGUCCCACCUUCUGAACACAAUGCAUUCCCAGGAAAUAAUUUGUUAAGUGAGCAUUCACAUAAUGAGCUGAUGAGCCAUUAUUUCUUAUGGGAACAUUUUUAAUCCAUGAGCUCUCUUCCUGCAGCCAACUAGCAAAAGAGAGGCAGAGGAAAAAUCUGAUUUGUCUAAUGUCUCCUGUUCCCUGAUUUGUCUGAAUUAUCCUGCUUGGUGAUUUGUCCGAAUCUUUCUCCCCACUCCUUCUCUCCAUGGUUUUUGCUUAAAAAUGGCAGCCCCUAGCCAGCAAAGCACAAAAAAAGGAAGGAAGUGGGCAAACUCUGGCUGUUUGGAUAUCUGAAUCAGCCAUGUGUGCAGCAAGGUUUCGGCAUAAUUCUUUGUGUUUGGAUAAGCGAAUUUUCGCAUAAUGAGCAGGUGGAUAGUGGGACCUGUGUGUAUUCUGAGUGAGGUGUGGUAGGAUUGCAUUGGGAAUUCUAACUUCUUUAUGUUUUCUAUUUCUCGUGUAGUUGGAUCACACUCUGGAUAGGUUCACAUGCAGGAAUGAACUCUGUGCCCACACCUUUACCUCGUCCUCCCCCCUCUACACUCCCUUAUCAAUUGAUUACUUCCUGAUGGUUGGUAAACCAGUUUGCCAUUGCAUCCAAACUGGCAAACUAUGGCAUGUACCUACGUUGCAGAAUGGGACUGUAAAAUAGUAUUUGAUCUUAGGGUGUUACACUGAUUUGCAAAGCAAGCACAAACCAUAGUUUGCCAGCUUGGAUGUAACUGCAAAAUAUGGUCUGUGGCAAAUGGCAUGGUCGGCAGCAGAUGGAGCACAAAAGUGGAAGAGGGAUAGGGAGUGUGAAGAAGGGAGCAACUGAGUAUAGGGUUUGCUCCUCUAGUGUCAAACCAUGGUUUGGUGUUAUAUGUGAACUGAGUCUUUGCGAAUGCAGUUGUAUAUUCCCCAUUAACCCAAUUUGAAACAAAGUUUGAAGGACCAGACCACUUUUCUCUAUAUAAAAAAAGAGCUUUUUCCAGAUCUUCAUGUGCAUGUAUUUUCUUGCCCAUGUCAAUCCGUGACAACGCAUUACAAAAGCAUUUCUGAAUUAUACCAGUGUACUUACGUAAGUCAAGAGAUGGCAUGAAAAUCAACAUUAUGCAAGAAUUUCCAAGUUCAGCAGGCUUGGUUGGAAGAACAUGCUGCCUGCGCAUUUUCCUCCGAUUAGUCAAAUGAAUCGUCAAAGUGACAAUUGCAUAAGAUGUGGCUUUUUUUUUUUUUUGCCAGUACAAUCUUUCCUGCUUUUAAACCUGAAACAUUCCAAUUUUCCUUGCUCACUUCCUUUUUAUAUAUAUUAGGUCCUGUAACCGAAGUCAAAACAGAUAUCUAUGUCACCAGUUUUGGACCUGUUUCUGAUGUAGAGAUGGUAGGUAUCACUCGCUUUCUUUGAUUUUGUAGGGUUGAGGUGGCAGUGAGGAAAUGAACCCCAGUAAUGAGUGAACGACUAAUUCAGAUGCCUUUGUGCACUGCUGUCAAUCAUGCAAAAUAGGGAAGAUUAGCAGCAGCCUAAUUUUCAGGCUAUUAAUAGAUGUGGCAGCCCUGAUUCUGUUCCUCCUAUGCAGGCUGGAUUUAGACCAAUGUGUGUGAGUUUUUUUGGUUUUUGUUUAAAUCGCUUUCAGCAGAUUUACAACAGCUAUGGAAAUGAUAUAGCCAGUUCUUUGGAGAAGAGUCACCCCAAUAUAGAAUAAUUCAUAACCUUGUUGGAUUUGAAGGACAACAAUGGCAGGAACAGAGGCAUUGGAUACUGGCAUCAAAGACUUAGUCUGAGCCACAGACUGAAGUCUGUGAACUGUACAUAUUAAACAAAAGACGCCCAUUUCCCUGAGUUGCCUCAUUUUGCACAAUUUAUACUACUCCUUUAAGUCAUGGGGAGGGACAAGAAGCUAAUGCAGAGCUAUAAGGCUGUGCCCUCAGUUACUAGAAAUCUUAUUAAUCUUCUGAGGUUUCAUAAGGUAUUGCCUGUUCUCAUUCCAACAGUAAGGACUAUAAAUUCUCCCAACAGAUAAACAAAUACAGUGGUACCUUGGUUCUCAAACUUAAUCCGUUCCGGAAGUCCAUUCCAAAAUGAAAGCGUUCCAAAACCAAGGCGCGCUUUCCCAUAGAAAGUAAUGCAAAAUGGAUUAAUCCAUUCCAGACUUUUAAAAACAACCCUAAAACAGCAAUUUAACAUGAAUUUUGCUAUCUAACGAGACCAUUGAUCCAUAAAAUGAAAGCAAUAAUCAAUGUACUGUACUAUAAAAUAAAUAAGAAAGUAUUGUAGAUGAUAAAAAUUAAAAUUAAAUUUUGUUCUUACCUGCACUGAUGAUAGUCAUUGUUUGGAGGGCGGGCUUUUAUCCAUUUCCACAGUCACACAAUCAAUCAAUCAAUCAAUCAAUCAAUGAGUAGAUGAACUGGGUUCUACACAGUCACAAAAACAAAUUAACUGAAAAAGCCUCAAAAACAAAAUUGCAAAAUAAAUAGCAAAAACAAAAGCUCCAAACUUAAUCCAUUCCGGAAGUCUGUUUGACUUCCAAAAUGUUCAAAAACCAAGGCGCAGCUUCUGAUAGGUGCAGGCGCCCCAGAAACAACAGCUGACAGCUGCAAUGGACACUCAACUUCCAAAAAAUGUUCGAAAACUGGAAUGCUUACUUCUGGGUUUUCAGUGUUUGGGAACCAAGGUGUUUGAGUAUCAAGGUGUUUGAGAACCAAGGUACCACUGUAAAUGCAAGCUGAGGUUCUCAGGUAGUUGAGUUUCACACCCAGUUCCAUCUUCCACACAUUUUCUCUCCUCCUGCUUGAGGUCACAGCAAAUGCAUAGUCGUGACGCUAGUCUAUGCCUUGCUCUUGUUCAAUCUGUGCAUUUUCCAGUGCAUGUUUUUCAAGUGCCCAGUGAUUUCACAAUUGGUUCGCUAAGGUUUCAGACCUAGUCACAUUUAUUUGGGACUUGAUUUCAGCUGAAAAUAUCAACUUCGUGUGCAUAUCCUUUUCCAUAUGGACUUGCCCUCUCUGCUGAGGUUUGAACGCAUUUGCUCUGGAGCCUCUUUGCUCUAGAUGUCCAUAUGACCUUUGCAGUUCACAUAGGGUUCUGCAUUAAGCCAUAUGCAUGCACCUAUAGAUCUUUAUCUACACACACACACAUUUUUUUAGUCCUGUGAACGCAUUUAUGAAGGCCAUUGGAAAGAUGCGUGUACAUAAGUUGUGUCCAAAUAAAGGGCUGCAUGAUCAUUUUGUGACAUGCUACUUCCCAUUUGGAUCAUCCCAUCUGUGUUUUAUUUGUUGAAAUUAGAUAAUAUUCCUUUGAUUUUGGCUGAUAUAAUUAAUCAUGUGGCCCACUGAAUAUUUUAAUUUGUCCAUCUGUUUAAAAAAAAUAGCAUGGACAUGAAAACCAUUAACAUAUGUUAAUGAAUUAAUCAUUCUGUUUCCAGUUCUGUGCUAGAGUACAAGUUUAAUUGCGUGCUUCUUGCCAUUCUAUUAGAUUAUAGUAAUUAUUUUUGAUUGAUUUAAUAUGUAUAGCAAUUUAUUUAUAUGAGUAAUGUGGAAAAUUAAAGUAUUAAAGGAGUACAUAGUUCUGUUUAAUUGAUAGAAAUGUGUUUAGGGAGUUUACAGUUACCAGUGACUAAUUUGUCCUUGAGGGAUAUUCAUAGAAAGGAUAUGCUUAUAAAACAUAUUAAGUUUGUGUCUCUUCCAAAUUACUGUAGGAAUACACGAUGGAUGUUUUCUUUCGUCAGACGUGGGUCGACAAAAGAUUAAGAUAUGAUGGUCCCAUUGAAAUUCUAAGACUUAACAACUUGAUGGUUACCAAAGUGUGGACACCAGACACUUUCUUCCGGAAUGGGAAAAAAUCUGUCUCACAUAAUAUGACAGCCCCAAAUAAACUAUUCAGAAUCAUGAGAAAUGGUACCAUCCUUUAUACAAUGAGGUAGUUGAUUUAUCUAUCUUUCCGUUCUUUUAUUUUACUUUGCGUGAGAGAGGGAACACAUCAUUCUGGGGCUAAUUCCAUUUUGUUCCUUAUAGGCUCACCAUAAGUGCUGAGUGCCCCAUGAGAUUGGUCGAUUUCCCAAUGGAUGGUCACGCCUGUCCUCUGAAAUUUGGGAGUUGUAAGUCACACAGACCUUCUCUACUUAACGUUUUAUGUAUGAAACUGGUCAGAUAAUAUCCAGAGCUGCAUGGCUUAGGUCAAUUGAAAUUAAUAGCAGGGGAUAUCACUGGACUGGUUGAGAAAUGGCAGCUUAAAACAAGGGAGAAGGGAGUUGGGAAAAGUUCUGCUGUUUUGCUUCUUGGUGUUGGCUACUGUGUGGUACCCAUCUCUGCCAUUUCUCAAAGUUUUGUGUGUGUGUUAAAAACAACCACCCCUCAGUGUUUCUCCAUCCCUGCUUUACUCAAAGUUGUGCGGCUAUUUAAAACCACCAUGUUCCUGUCAGUGUUUCUUCAUCCCUGCCUUACUCAAACUUCUGCUAUUGUUUAAAAUAGCUGUCCCCCCCCUUUAAGUGUCUCUCCCUUCUCACUGUACUCAAAGCUCUCCCUCAUCCAUUUCUCGCCAGCUCAUGUGACAGAGAUAAAGGUUGUGGAGCCCUCUAAUAUUCCAUAGUACAAUGUAUUUCGCUCCUGGUACCAUGUGUUUUCUUCAGUGUGAAGUUCCAGGGGCAAUGUAGUAAUUUAGAAUAUAUAUAUAUUUAAUUAACAAGAAGACACCCAUAUGUGUACAACACCCAUCAACUGAACUUAACCUUCUCUAAGUGAACAAGUUCAAUGGCAGACUUGCUCUUAAAAUUCUGUUUCAUCUUAAAGAUACAGUAACAUAUAUCAUCAUGGGGUGUGUGCACAAAGAUGGCUGUGGGGGCAAUCUGGGUGUAAAGAAGAGCUGAGAAAAGUGAGGAAGGGGGAGGAAAUGUGGGGUGCAGGUAAAAAUGGGGUGUUGCAAAAAAAAAAAAAAAAAAGAGGGGAAAGGAGGCAAGGGAAUGGGAGAAGUGCCAUGAAAAGAAAUGCAGAAUAGAAUGGGAUGGUGGCUUCACAACUGAUUGGAAACUGAAAAUGAAGCUAAUUGCUAUGUGUGGCUUGAGGAAGAUUCAGGAGUUUACCAGUAGGGUAGUUUGUGUUCAAGAGGAAGUUGCACAUAAGGAGGGAGAGGAGGCGGCGGCAUGAAUAUACGGCCUCGGUCCUGUAUACCUGAAGGAGCGUCUCCACCCCCAUCAUUCAGCCCAGACACUGAGAUCCAGCGCCAAGGGCCUUCUGGCAGUUCCCUCGCUGCGAGAAGCCAAGUUUCAGGGAACCAGGCAGAGGGCCUUCUCGGUAGUGGCGCCCGCCCUGUGGAAUGACCUCCCUUCAGAUGUGAAGGAAAUAAGCAGCUAUCUUCUUUUUAAAAGACAUCUGAAGGCAGCCCUGUUUAGGGAAGUUUUUAAUAUUUAAUGCUGUAUUUUUUUUUUAACACUUGAUUGGAAGCCACCCAGAGUUGCUGGGGAAACUCAGCCAGAUGGGCGGGGUAUAAAUAAAUGAUGAUGAUGAUGAUGAUGAUGAUGAUUAUUAUUGGGGUGAAGGUGGAAAUGGCUGUAAAGCGGAGUCACUGCAGAAUUGAAGAGAGAAACUGCUUCAGAAAUGGGGUUGGGAAGGUGAAAAAAUAGCUUAGUAAUUGUAUGGGGUGGGAAGAGGAAGCUCUAGGGGUUAAUAUGGGGCGAAUGGCAGUGGUGGGUCUGGCAAGCACAGCUGAGCAGCAGUUCACUCCUUAGUAAAAAAAUAAAAAUAUAAUUAUUAAGGUGACUGGCUAAUCAAAGUAAAAAAAAACCUGAAGUGUUCCAAAGGCCUGUUGGCAUGAAUAGGUUAAGACCCAACAUUUUAAUUGUAUGUAUUUUUCCAGAUGCAUAUCCAAAGAGUGAAAUGAUUUACACCUGGACAAAAGGACCUAAGAAUUCAGUGGAAGUUCCUGAAGAGUCUUCCAGUUUAGUUCAGUAUGACCUGCUUGGGCAUACAGCAUCCACUGAUACUGUUAAAUCCAUUACAGGUAAGAAUCUAGUUGGUGAUAAUCAACUUAAGGGGUGGAGUUAGCGGUCUAAUUUUGUUUUAGCCAAAGAUGUUUUGGAAAUCUCAGUGUAGCCUAAGAGGCAUAAUAAGCAUAUGACAAACCCUAGACCAUUUAUCUCCAGGCUUACACUAAAGCAGAUAGCCUGUUGCUGCGUGCUGUGCUGUCUCUCUUCAGAAAGCAAAGUGAAAAUGGUUGAAAAUGCAAGAUUGUCGCUACCGACAUAUUUUCAUAGCUGUGCUGCUGGCAAGUGUUGAUCUUUGUGAUUUAUCAUGCUACAAAUUGCAUGCAGAUUGGCCAACUAAAUCCCUAUUAGAAUUGCUGCUGGAGCAAACACAUUAAACAUAACAGCUAUUACUGCUGGGUUGUUUUUUAAAUUUUUUAAUAUAUUUUUGUGUAGUGAUAAAAAAUAGCAACAGGCAGCAGUGUGAGAAGUGGCAGUGUUUAAGAUCUGUGGGUGUUUUUGUUUUUCAUUUUUAAAAAAAUUAUGGCUGUUGGUUGGUUAUAUGAUUGUAUUGCUAAACGCUCUAUUACUGGUGCAGUUUGAAACAUGCUCUAGCAGAGAUCACGACAGAAUUAAGCAACAGAGGGAGCAGAUGUAGGCGACAGAUUUCCGAGUGUCGUUAUUGAUAGCAAGAUGAAGCAAUAUUUUCCUAAUGUAUUGGAUAUUAUCUGUAAGUGAGAUAUCACUGAUCUAUAAUGGAAUAUCAGGCCAAGAUUCUUAGAUUGCUCCUUAAGAAGGUGUCUCCGUGAUCUUGGUAAAAAAUCUCAGUAUGUACCGUAUUUUUCGCUCUAUAAGACGCACCAGACUACAAGACGCACCUAGAUUUUGGAGGAGGAAAACAAGAAAAAAAAUAUUCUGAAUCUCAGAAGUCAGAACAGCAAGAGGGAUCACUGCACAGUGAAAGCAGCAAUCCCUCUUGCUGUUCUGGCUUCUGGGAUAGCUGCGCAGCCUGCAUUCGCUCCAUAAGACGCACACACAUUUCCCCUUACUUUUUAGGAGGGAAAAAGUGAAUCUUAUAGAGCAAAAAAUACAGUAAUUAUAAAACAACUAGAUCCUGGAGUGUAAUGGACUUCCCAGCAAGAUGCCUUUACAUUUCCGUCGACUUCUUUUAAAAUUGAGUUUGAAUAGCAGCCCAAAUCCGGAAUGAUGGUUUCAUACCAGAAUUUCCACCAGAAGGCUCAGGUUGUUUAUAGCUUUCCUUUAAGUGGGUGGGUGGUAUGUGGGAGGAGAAGAUGGGCGGAAGUGAGGCAAUAAAUUGAGCAUUUUGAUCAUGCUUUGGGUUUUGGCAGGCAAUUUAUUUUCAUGGUGUGGAAUGAAGAACAUUGGUCUGGUUCUAUCCUGCACACAGUUGCACUUUGGAACAGACCUGACCCAUCCUGGGCUUAAUAAACCUCCUGUUCUUAAUGCAUGCCCUAGACUGGAGAAACAGGGAUGGAAAAACCGUGACAGGCAGGUGGCCAGCGACAACACAUCUGGUCAACUAUGUUUGGCUCUGUAGACUAGGACAUGAGCAUGGGAGAAGGCAUGCAAGCCUGCAAUAUGUUUGAUAAUCCUUAGCUCUUUACUGUCUUGGCUUUGAAACUCAUUUGCUCUUGUGCAGCAUUUUUUGGUAGGUCCUAAGCCUGACUCCAAGUAGGAUGGAGAGCCAGCCCAUUUCUUUUCAGGUGGACCUAUAACCACCUCACUUCAUUCCCCCCCUCCUGCUUUGAGCAUCGGACUGGUCCCAAGGUCCUAAGCAUACUUUCCAUACAGCCACUAUUAUGGAAAAUUUCCCAUUGCAGGCCCCACUGAAAUGAAUGGGUACUCAACUACACAAGCCCAGGGAGGUGCUUUUGUGCUGCCCCCAUUCAUUUCAAUGGGGUUUAAAUGGGAGAACUUCACCUGGUGAAUAACAACUAUGCUUGGUAUUCAUUGGCUAAAAAAAAUCAAUGAAAGGAAGACAUUUUCUUGGUGCAUCUGUUGAAAAUAUAAUCCUGAAGUAGUAAUUAUAUGUUUUCCAGAUGCUGCAGUAUCAGAACAGACAGCUAAUAUUUUACUUAUACUUAUUUUUCCCUCCCUCCAGCGUAUACCUACAUAUCUUUAUGGUAUGUGAAAGUAUGAGAGAUGUCAAACAGUCCCUAUUAUUUCAUGUUUUACAUCCCACCUCCUGGGUAGUAUUUUAAGAUCUACUUGUUUUCCCUGGACUCAGUAUGGCUUUUGUUUAUUAUUAUAUAUCCUGUUCUUCCUAUGUGGAGCUUGGAGUGACUCAUGUGAGCUCCCACUGCUGUCUUAGCCAGGCUGAAACUUCGUUCACUUUAGUGAAUCUUCAUGUUUUCAGAGUCAAAUGAACUGAAUGCAAUUUGAGUAGCUGGAGAAUAUGUUAAAAUAAAUAAAUAAAUCUGGGUGUACUGAAAGUUUUUUUUAAAAUCACUUUUGGCUUCCCCCCCCUUUAAGGUGAAUAUGUCGUUAUGACAGUACACUUCCACCUCAGACGAAAAAUGGGUUAUUUUAUGAUACAAACAUACAUCCCAUGCAUCAUGACUGUGAUCCUCUCUCAAGUUUCAUUUUGGAUCAAUAAGGAGUCUGUUCCUGCCAGAACUGUUUUUGGUAAGUCUCACCACUGA